AUGAACAAGAAGGUUAUUUUCUUUAUUUAAAUUUUAGGGCUCAUAUUAGCAGCAUCAGAAUACAAUUUCAAUAUUCCUGAUUUCCCUACAUCUACAUUAGACAUGACUUGCACGUGGGUGAAUUGUAACAAAGAAUUGCUUGCAUACUAAAACAAGUUUCCUUCAACUGAUCCCAAUUACUUCACUAACUUUAACAUGAUGAAAUGCACUUCCUACAUGGAUAAAACAGCUAGAUCAUUAUGCUUGAAAACAAUCAAUUUCGAUAGCCAAGUUUAGGAAUUUAAAGAUCUCACUAACUGCAUCUUAAAAAAUUGCUACUAUUCAGAUUGGAAUACAUGCAGAUCCUAAAAUCAAAUUUGCAAGUACUGCACUGACUUUAAAAGUUGUUAAAAUUUCUAGGAUAACACUGACUAUUAAAAUGCAGAUUCUGUUAAAGGAAAUUGCGUUUAAACAGGUGUAGCUUAAAAUUGCUCAUAAUUUCCUGAUAAAAAUGGAAUAGCUUUGUUGGCAUGCACAUCAUAUCAGUAAAGGCUAUGCAGAGAACAAUGGAUAAAAAAUAAUUGGGCUUCUACUUAGGCUUGCUAAUUCUGUGAAAUUGUUGAUUUUACAAAUUAUAGCUCUAGCAAAAUCUUAUCUAUUAUAAGCGCAAUUUUAAUAUUAUUUUCUUUCUUUUGA